AUGCUCAUGAUCAUGAUCAUGAUUGUCCUGGGCGGGUCUGUCAACAAUGCAGACAGCGUGUCGUGUCCAGCGAUUCUCCCUGCUGGCAGCGUUCUCAUCGACAACAUCCCAUACGAACAGAGUGCUCCGUCUCACUCGGCCCACACCUUUCCUGCUGUGCGCGCUGAACAGGCUGUGGCUCCAGCGUAUCGGUCACUCGUCCUACCCAGGAUGUUACUCUUCCCUUCGCCCAAUUCCGUCUGUGUGGGCGGCGCCGGUAACUUCGGUGGAAGCUCACGGCGACCAACCCUUCUCGGCAACCGAGGGAUCAAAAUAAAUCAACUGCUCGGCGUCCCGCACCCGCGCAAGCACCGUCUGGUGGUAAGGUUACCAGCAUCCAUGCAUCGAUACGAUACAGGAUUUUGGGCGCUGAUGAAUUUCCCAGCUCGGCGCAACCUUCCUCGCGUCCCUUCUAGCCUCAGAGACCGUCGUCGCGGCAAGCGGGCAAGCGGGCAGUCUACGGUACCGUACCAAAGUAAAUUUCCUGGAGUAAUUAGAGUGGAGAAAUUCCUCCACCGAAACGCGUACUUGUACGGAGUACUUGGAGAGUACACAAUACAAGAAGCAAGCACCGCUGUCCAGUCAACGGCCGCCCAACCGUCUCGCCUGGCUGAGUUGACUGCUGGGAUGCCCUGCCCACCGUUACGCUGA